AUGACGACUCAAAUAUUUAGCCAAAUUCCGUUAUGCCUGCUUGUGAUUUCUCUGGCUCUGACCAGUACUCUCUCCAAGCAACCUUCUGACCCCAGAAAUUCGCGAUGCCAUUUUUUAAGAAAAAUUGCAGAUAAGGAAGAUAUUAAAUUUUGUUGGAACGAUUUGAGACUGCCGAAAGAUUUGAUUCCGCAAAGUUACGAGGUCCUCAUCCUUCCUGAUCUUCAGAAAUCAACUUUCAGCGGCUGGUCAAAUGUUGAAGUCACAGUCAAGAAAAGUACUGGUUCAAUUGUUCUGCACAGUAAAAACCUUACAAUCUCCAGCGUCAACAUACGUUACAAGGAUCUUAAUGAUGCAGUAACUGUAAAGAAAUGGAGACUGGACGAAAGUUUGGAGCAGAUGCAGGUAGAAUUGAGUACCCCCCUCGUCGCAGGGUCUUCCAUCCUCCUAAACAUCUCCUUCACUGGAGUCAUCAAAACAGAUAGUUUGGGGUUUUAUUUGACCUCUUACAAGACCAAAGAGAAUGUCGUAAGGUUAUUAGCAGCUACGCAAUUUCAACCGACUGAAGCUCGAUCGGCAUUUCCAUGCUUUGAUGAACCGCACAUGAAGGCGACCUUCCAGUUCAACAUCAUCAGGCCAAAUGACUACAUCUCAUUGUUCAACACGGAGAAGAUAUCGGAGAAAGCAGUGUCCAUGAAUGAAACGAUGGACACCUUCAACAUCACCGUCAAGAUGAGUACGUACUUGGUGGCCUUUGUUGUCUGCGACUUUCUUUCUAAAUCACAAAUGAGCAAAAGUGGAGUAAAUGUGGUAUACUCCAAACCAGAUACCAUCGACAAUGUAGACUUCGCUCUAGACUCGACAACAAGAUUGCUUGAUUAUUUUGAAGAGUUUUUUGCAAUCAGAUAUCCAUUCACAAUAUUAGAUAGCGUUGCAGUGCCUGGAAUGUUUUCAAACGGCAUGGAAAACUGGGGUCUCAUACUCUAUUCAGCUAAUUAUAUAACAUAUAACGAAAGUGCCAGCACGCAGCACGACAAAACUUACUUGGUGGUGUUGGUCGCGCACGAAGUUUCUCACCAAUGGUUCGGCAACCUGGUAACCAUGGAAUGGUGGGAUGAUUUGUGGUUGAAUGAAGGAUUUGCAACGUACAUUAUGUACAUCGGUGCCAAACAUAUCCUUCCAGAGAGUCCGCUGAUGGAAAUAUUUGCGUUCAACGUUAUCGAGCCAGCGAUGGCAGAUGAUUCGCUGGAUUCUUCUCAUCCAGUAAUCAGUCCUGUUAACAAUCCGAAGUACAUCUCCGAGAUCUUCGAUUUAAUCACCUACUACAAGGGAGCUUCAUUGAUUCGGAUGUUAGAAAAUGUGGCAGGUUCCGAUGUUUUCAACGAAGCGCUAAGGAGCUACCUCCACAAACACCAGUACGCCACUGCUACCCACGAUGAUCUCUGGGCUGCUUUCCCUCGACAGUUAUCAAAAGUUGCGGACCUAAACGUAAAGGAAAUGAUGGAGACGUGGACCCUUCAAAUGGGCCUGCCCCUGGUCACCAUCAACAGAGAUGGACGUCACGUGACAUGUAGUCAGAAAAGAUUCGUCAUCAUCGAUCAUUCGGAAAUAAGAGACUUUCAGCCUGAAAGCUCACCUUUCAAAUUGAUAAGAAAUGAGCUGUUGCCGCUGGCUUUUGACUUGGGCUUUCCAGAGUACGUGAAGUGGGCGAGGGAUUCUUUCCAGAAGGUCAAGAAUGGGUCAUUGGUGCUAACACCGAACCAAGAACCAAUAGUGCUAAAAUACGCUGUGAGAUAUGGAGGAGAGGAAGAGUGGAAUCACGUGAUGAAUCUUCUCAAGACAUCUCAGUCAAGAAGAACUGUCAUAUUGGAAGCACUUACCUUCACAAACGAAUCGUCAAAAUUUAACGGACUUCUCGAGACGGCGCUGAGCAAACCAAGUCCAGGCGACUUGCACUUGAUCCUCCGAAGUCUGAAAAACAGUCCCAACAUGGCUCAGCUGCAGUGGAGCUUCAUCAAAAACAACUGGAGUCGGAUGAGAUGUGCGUUCCACAACAUUCCGCGAAGAUUGAGACCAAUUUUCAAACCACUGGCCUCACUAUUUCGCACCGAAGACCAGUACGAUGAUUUAAAAACUUUUCUGGGGACUCACAUGAAAGACAGCGAUCGUUUGAACAUUUACAUCUUGGAUGCUGUUCAAAUGAACAUCAACUGGUUGAGCAAAUCACAAAAGCAACUUGUUCAAUGGCUGAAUGCCCAAUCUCUGCGUUAAAUGGUUACUUGGUGGUUUUUUUACUUUUUGAAAAAAAAAAUUUCAUGAACAAUGUCGUGGACAGAUACACAACACGAUAUUCCUUUUGUUUUAACAUUUAUUAUUAAUAAAAUUUGAUUUUUUUGAAAUAUUAUGAAAAACUUAAAAUAUUGAAAUGAAUGUGAAUAUUUGUUUAUUUUAUUUCGCAGAUAAGAAUCUGUUUUUUAUUGUCGGAGCACUUACUACAUGUUGACUUUCACGAUAAGUCUCAAACGAAAAUAAAUAUUUUAGCUGUUAA